CUAUCGGAGCGAACUGAGGCCAACUGUCCGCACCUGUACGACAAACGGGACGUCCAUAAGCUGUUAACGUGCGACUGGUUUGUACGCCGGUUCCUGGCCUGGAGACCAACCACCAUAGACUGUGCCGUCAAAUGUGUGGCCGAUGCCAUGAAAUGGAGACAUGCCUUGGCUAUCAACGACUGCAUAAUUUUUAAGAACGACACCUAUUUUCCCGUCGAGUUCUACCGGUUGGCCGCGUGUUUCAGUUACCUACCGGACAGGGAGGGCAACAAUGUACUGAUCAUUAGACUGAAAAACAAUAGGAGGGACCCUAUAUUGAAAGCACAUUUCGAUGAGUUGGCCCGAAAGUACUUCAUAUACGUGUGCGAGAGGAUUGUGAGCCAGCACAGUCACCGCGGGUUCGCCAUCAUAUUUGACUGUCACGGCGCCUCCCUGUCCAACGUGGACCUCGACUUCGCCCGGUUCAUCAUAUCGACCCUGUCCAACUAUUACGCCGAUUAU